UGCUGCGACCAUCGCCGGGACCGCGCCUUGCUGCAGCGCUUCUACCGCCUCAGCGCUCGGCUCGACGGUCCCACCUACGACACCUGCGCCGGUCACCUGCAGGACUUGCUCUGCCAGGAAUGCUCUCCAUAUGCAGCUCACUUGUAUGAUGCUGAAGAUCCCUCCACCCCCGUGAGGACGAUACCAGGACUUUGCCAAGACUAUUGCAUGCAAGUGUGGCAAAACUGCCGCUCCAUUUUUCGCCAUCUCUCUGCAGACAGAGAGCUAAUUGCACUGGAGAACAACAUGGCAAAAUUCUGCCAUUACCUGGCCUUGGAGGACACUGACUACUGCUUUCCACACCUGCUGGCUAACCAGAACCUAAACCAAAACCUGGGGUUAGUCACUGCGGACUCAGAGGGCUGUCUCCAGCUCUGCCUCGUGGAGGUUGCCAAUGGGCUGCGCAAUCCCGUUGCGAUGGUCCACGCCAACGAUGGCACCCACAGGUUCUUCAUUGCAGAGCAGGUUGGCCUGGUGUGGACCUACCUCCCUGAUGGAUCCAGGCUUGAAAAGCCAUUUCUGAACAUCAGCGAAGCUGUACUUACCUCACCUUGGGAGGGAGAUGAGAGAGGGUUUCUAGGUAUUGUCUUCCAUCCUAAAUUCAAAUUUAACGGUAAAGUGUAUGUCUACUAUUCAGUUGAAGUCCGUUACGAAGAGAGAAUCCGAAUCAGUGAGUUCAGAAUUUCUCCUGCUGACAUGAAUGUCCUGGACCAUGGUUCUGAAAGGAUAAUCCUGGAAAUAGAAGAACCUGCUUCCAACCAUAACGGAGGAGAGCUGCUCUUUGGAUUUGAUGAGUAUCUCUAUAUAUUUACUGGAGAUGGAGGCAUGGCUGGGGAUCCUUUUGGGACCUUUGGAAACGCCCAGAACAAAUCAGCCCUGCUGGGCAAAGUGCUGCGGAUCGAUGUGAACAACAACGACCGUGGGCCCCUGUACCGAAUCCCUCCUGACAACCCUUUUGUCAACGACCCUACAGCUCGCCCUGAAGUCUAUGCUUAUGGAGUGAGAAAUAUGUGGCGCUGCUCCUUUGAUAGGGGGGAACCUCACACCAAGGAAGGGAAAGGGAGGCUCUUCUGCGGAGAUGUGGGGCAGAAUAAAUAUGAAGAAAUCGACAUCGUCGAGAAAGGCAAAAAUUACGGCUGGAGGGCGAGAGAAGGGUUCAGCUGUUACGAUAAAAAGCUUUGCACCAAUUCUUCCAUGGAUGACGUGCUUCCAAUUUAUGCAUAUCCACACAAGAUGGGGAAAUCUGUUACGGGAGGUUAUGUCUAUCGGGGCUGUGAGUCUCCAAACCUGAACGGCCUGUACAUAUUUGGUGAUUUUAUGAGUGGACGCCUGAUGUCUUUGAAGGAGGAUCGUGCUACUGGGGAGUGGCAGUACAGUGAAAUCUGCAUGGGGACAGGACAGACAUGCAUGUUCCCUGGGCUUAUCAAUAAUUAUUAUCAAUAUAUCAUCUCAUUCGCUGAAGAUGAAGCAGGGGAAUUGUACUUCAUGUCUACUGGGGUACCGAGUGCCACAGCUCCCCAUGGAGUGGUGUACAAAGUGGUGGACACCUCCAGGAGAGCACCACCAGGAAGAUGCCGAGUUGAGCCAUCACCAGUGACAGUAAAGAGCAAGCUCAUCCCGUUUGUGCCAAAGGAGACUGUGCCCCACGUCCCACCACCACCGGGGAGCGGAAGGAGGUCACCCACCACAGCAGCUCCCGGUGGCAGAGCCCCCAAGCCCAGGAAGGGAGGGGACAAGAGGGGACAACGCAGGAAGAAGAAACCCCCUGGGACACCUGCCCCACUGCGCAGCGGUGCGUGCCGCCAGCUUGGCUUCCCCCACGUGGUGCGAGCCACCAAGAAGGCAGAAUUUGGGGAAGGCACUUCCCUCCGCAUUCUCCUGGACGAUGUCCAGUGCUCCGGGCAGGAGAGGACACUGCUGGAGUGCGCCCAUGCUGAUGUUGGUGUGCACAACUGCUCCCACGAGGAGGAUGCUGGUGUGGAGUGCAGUCGUGAGGAGGUGGCAGAGUGGUGA